AUCACAUACCUACUGACAGAAGGAGUUGUUUGAGUUGAUCUCCUACUAUUAAACACACUGGGGCAGCCAGCUUUUGCAGGAACAGAGCUUGAAUUUCUCAUGUGUUUUCGUCUGCUGAGGGCUGUAGGCUGCACCCAAAUUCUUUGCCUGUGCUUUGUUAUCCCUGUAUGACUGCCAAAAGUGUGUAAUGCUGAAACUAAACGCUGCUGCUUGGUCGGUGGAUGUGUUGAUUUUCCUCAACAUUUCCAGUAGUUUCACAAAACUUUUUAACAGCUGUCAGAUACCCAUCAUUAUUUGUCAUGUUGGGGGCAAGUCCAGUUUCUAGGUCAACCAUGACUUCAUUGAGACUUGUUUUGACUGUCUCAAUUGUCUGAUUCUUGUCUUCACCACUACUGGGUAUUUCAGUCUCCUUCAUGGUUGUUUUCUGCCUUUUCUGUUGGAACAGAUCAUCAUCCAGCAUGGCUGAUUCUUUGAAAGAAUGUCGUAUGUCUUCAUUAUGCCACUGAAUAUCAACAGAGAGGGACUGCAAGUACUCUUCAUCUGACUUUUGGUGAAGACUGCUAUAGAAGCUAAUGGGUUGGCAAUCUUUUUACAAGAGCUACGCCUGCAAGGAGCUGAUGGGGAUCAACAGCAACGAGGAGUGGAGAACGUGAAGGAUGAGAAGUUGGCUGUUGUGGAGGACAAAGCAGCAGCAUUGGGGUUGAGGCGAUCGAAUGGCUACGAAAGGAGACGAUUGUUACUUCUAUUAUAAUACUGAAUGUCUGAAGGGUGACCAAUGCGCUUUCUGUCACAGUCAAGCUGCACUCGGUAACAACACUGUCUGUGCGUUGUGGCUACAAGGGUCGUGCUUUCGAUCAGCAUGUCCGUUCAGACAUAUGCAUAUCACUGUGAAUGCCGUUGAAGAGUGAGUUGUUGUGUUGCUUUGAGAUUCAACCGAGUGGCUGCCUCAAGCCCAACUGUCCUUUCAAGCAUUUCAAGCCAAGAAAUGUGAUCACACUGGGAACGAGCUCAAUGCCGGUGAUGUCAACGACACAGCCAGUUGUUGCUGUCAGACCGUCUGUUUGUGCUUCUACCAACUUGGUUCAAGCACAGGACACAGAGAUGCCAAAUUUCCUUGGAGUUGUAAAGGAAGUGAUGACGUCUCUAUCAGCCCAGUCAGACAACAAAGGAACAUCAAAUUUGACUGUUAGUGGGCGGAUAGUCACACUAAGAAAACCGAUAGGACAUGUGAAGAAGAUUGUAUAUAUUUGGAAGGUUGGAGCAAUGAAUGGCAUGUCAAAGUAGUGUCCAGUAAAAUCAUGCCACUAUUCAAGCUGCUAGUGCAACAGCUGUGACAUUUGUUGACCAGUUUACGAUGCUGUAUAAUUCAAUUCUAACCAGUUAUAGUCAUUACCGGUUGGAUAUAAUAAUAUAAAUACACACACACACACACACACACACACACACACACACACACACACACACACACACACACACACACACACACACACACAAACCACAUAUAUAAUAAGCUAAGUGUAUACUGAGCACUGAUAACAAUCUGUGGCAUAUCAGUACUGAGUAGCAAGUCAAAUAAAAACCUGUUUGUAAUUGUGUGUGUACAAUGUUGCAUUUAGUAACUCUUGCAUACUGCUUCAAGUGUGUUUUAGCGAAUUACGGUUAAUUAGUAAAAUUCACGUACAUAUACCUGGGAGGCAAUGGAGUUGGCUUCAUGUAUUGCUUGGAACUCUCUAAUUCCUUCAAGAUUGAAUACGCCAAAUAGGAAUGCACCGGCUUGAGUGUUGU